CUCUCCUCUUCAAUUCAUGUACCAACCAAUCUAUCUUUCAUAACUUGGGUCGUUGAGAGAUUGAACGAAGAACAAAAAAGAGCAGCAUAAACAUCCACAACAAAUCGUGUAUCUUCCUCCCUAGAUGAACUUGGGUAACUAUGGAUAACAACAGACGUGUGGUGAUAUAUUUUGAUCAAGGGGUAGUUAUUCAGAUGUGGGAGAUGAAGUUCGAUGGAAACGGAAAGACCGACAUAUUUCUACUUAGUGUUUACGAUGAGAAGUGAUGAGGAGGUGACUUACUCUCACUUGGUUGAUAGAAUAUGCAGGAAACUGAAGAUCAUGUAGCUUCGACCAGGAUUCAGCUGAGUUACUUUCCAUUUGGAAUGGAUGAUAAGAGGCAAUGUUACAUCUUCGAUGAUGAAGAUGUUUUAACAUUUUUGUUGGAAGUCGAAAAAAAUCAGGGGCGUAUUGUCUUGCACGUCGAGUUCACAGAAUCUGGUUUAGAAAAUCAGACUAACGAGAUGUUUUCUAGGGAUCAGAAAAUUCUUAGUGAUGCAAGAGCUAAUGAUGAUAUGGUCGGUCUUAAGGAGUUGACGAUUAUUCCUCAUAUUCGAGAGGAUGAGAAUGAGAAAGCGAUGAAGUGGGUACUGAAAGAGAUUAUAUGGAGAAUUUAGCAUUGUUACACCAUCUGAAGCACCAGCUGAAGCACCAGUUGAGGCACCAGUUGAAGCACCAGUUGUACAUUUGGAGUGGGAUGACGGUGUUGACAUGGCUCUGCACCAAGAAUUUGAAACUAAGCAUGAAGUGAGAGACUUAGUGGACAAAUCUGUGCAUAAGAAUUGUUUUGAGGUUGAUAUAGUGAAGUCGACGCCUCAGCUUUACUUAUUAAAAUGUCGUGGAGUUGGUUGCAAAUGGUAUUUACGAGCGGCAAAGCUGAAAAACUCGGAUUUUUUCAGUAUUAGGACGUAUCAGAAGAUGCAUACUUGCGCUAGGAUAACUGCAAGUACAACCAAGAAGGGGAAAAGAGGCACACCAAGUUUGGUCGCAUCUGUGCUGCAAGAUGAUUAUCCAGGAAAGUACAAGACUCCAGCACCAAAGGAUCUCAUAGAUUUGGUUGAGAACAAACUGGGUGUUAGGGUUUCGUAUCCUACGGCUUGGAGAGGAAAAUACAAAGCUAUGAAUGAUCUGCAUGGUAAUCCAACUGAGAGUUUUGCUAGACUGCCGUCUUACUUGUACAUGUUGGAAAGGUUGAAUCCUGAUAUUGUUACCCGCUUAGCAGUGGAUGAGAAGAACCAGUUUAAGUAUGUGUUCUUCGCGCUCGGAGCUUGCAUUGAAGGGCUUAAGUCCAUGCGGAAAGUGAUAAUUAUGGAUGGAACUUAUCUGAAGGGUGUGUAUAAAGGAGUGCUUCUUAUUGCCACUGCUCAGGAUCCAGAUCAUCAUCACUAUCCUCUCGCUUUUGCUGUAGUAGACGGUGAGAAAAAUGCAAGUUGGAGUGGUAAGAGUGGAUGA